CGUCUGGAAGCCAAUUUUUAUUUUUAUUUUUUACUUCCCGAAGAUGUGCCCCGUUGCUUGUUUGCUACUUUUAUGCGUCUUCCAUCCAACGCUCUCCGCGCUGUUUGAAUCCGAGGAUGUUGUGCCCGUUCGGAUAAACGGAAGAGUCAGCGGUCGCUUCUGGAAAAGAAGCGAGGACCAGGCGAGAGUCAUCCUCAACGCAUUUGGCAAAGAAUUUACCCUCAAUCUUAUUCCCGAUACCAGUUUCAUCUCACCUUAUUUUACCGUCCAGCGCCUCCGAGCUAAAGACGUCGGGCUUUUGCGCAGCGCCACAGGUGCGCAACCUUCACUGGGCGAAGAGCUCCACAAUUUAAUCAACCGGACGGGGGAGAGCGAAGGACAACUGAGAAGUUGCUUUUAUUCCGGUAACGUUGAUGAAGAUCAACAUUCGCUUGUGGCUCUGAGUUUAUGCUCCGGCGUUUAUGGCUCCUUCAUAACGGAGGGAACCGAGUACCUAAUUGAACCCAAAUUUCGAGGAGGCUUUGGGUCACACUCGGCUCAACAGCUGCAUGUGAUCAAGAGGAGGACGUUGUCCAAAAGCCACGAUGUCCCUUUCCUUUUCGAUCACGCGAUCGAAGCGAGUGCACUGGAGAAAAACAAAUGGGAAAGUUUUACGCGUGAUGGCAGUGACGCACAAAGGGAACCUCGCCGGAGACGCUUCGUUUCAGCGCCGCGGUUCAUAGAGACCCUGGCAGUGGCAGAUCCAAGCAUGGUCCACUUCUACGGGGAUGAAAUAAAGCACUAUAUUUUGACCUUAAUGUCAAUGGCUGCCCAGCUAUACAAGCACCCCAGCAUAAAGAAUUCUGCCAACGUAGUGGUCGUGAAGUUGCUGGUGGUCGAGGAUGAGGAGGUCGGGCCAGAAGUCUCCAGCAAUGGAGGGGUCGCUCUCAGGAACUUUUGCUCGUGGCAGCAGCUCUUCAACCCACCAAGUCAGCGUCAUCCAGAGCACUACGACACGGCCAUGCUCUUCACCAGAGAGGACAUCUGUGGACAAAAGAGCUGUGAUACAUUGGGUGUUGCCGAUGUCGGGACAAUGUGCGAUCCCAAGAGAAGCUGCUCUGUUAUCGAGGACAACGGUCUGCAAGCUGCGUUCACAGCUGCACAUGAACUUGGUCAUGUUCUGAGCAUGCCCCAUGAUGACUCCAAAACCUGCGAGAGGCUGUUUGGGGAUCUUGGAGGACAUUACUUGAUGGCCCCUUUGUUUGUUAGCCUCAACAAAAACAUGCCUUGGUCUCCCUGUAGUGCACUCUACAUCACGGAAUUUUUUGACAACGGUCAUGGAGACUGCCUGCUGGAUGUUCCAGAGAGCAGUUUGCCAUUACCAAAGGACCUGCCAGGCACCAAAUACAACCUAGACCAUCAGUGCCAACAGAUUUUUGGAGAGGAAUUCUACCAUUGUCCUAACACAACAGAAAAUGAUAUUUGCAGCCAGCUCUGGUGCCAAGAGGAUGGAACAUCCCAGUGCUCCACAAAGAAUGGCAGCCUGCCCUGGGCUGACGGCACCCCUUGUAGUCUCAACAGGACAUGCCUCCACGGUGUUUGCAUGCCGACAAAGGAGGUGCUGGAGCCACUGGUGGUUGUGGAUGGCGGCUGGAGCACGUGGGGACCAUGGCAACAAUGUUCCAGGACAUGUGGAGGUGGAGUAGAGUUCUCCUAUCGGGAGUGUACGAACCCUGAGCCUCAGAAUGGGGGCAACUAUUGUGAGGGACAGAGGGUUCGAUACCAGUCCUGCAACACACAGCCUUGUGACAACAAUGGCAAAAGUUAUCGAGAGGAGCAAUGUGAGAAGUACAAUAGCCCAAACUACCUGGACUACAAUGGUAAAAUGAAGCAUUGGAUACCAAAGUAUGCUGGCGUGUCUCCCAGGGACAGAUGCAAACUGUUCUGCCGGGCGAGGGGCAGCAGUGAAUUUAAGGUGUUUGAGUCCAAGGUAAUUGAUGGCACACCUUGUGGUCCUGACACCACAUCUGUGUGCGUACAAGGCCAGUGUGUGAAGGCAGGCUGUGAUCAGGUGAUCGGAUCCAAUAAGCGGGUGGAUAAGUGUGGCGUGUGUGGAGGAAACGGACUGAGCUGCAGGAAGAUCACUGGGUCCUACAACAAGGCAAGCUAUGGAUACAGUGACAUUGUCACAAUCCCUGCCGGUGCAACCAACAUCGAUAUCAAACAGCGCAGCCACAGAGGAAUCAAACACGACGGGAAUUAUCUGGCUAUCAUGAGAGAGAGUGGAAGUUACAUCCUCAAUGGAAAUUUCUCCGUAUCGAUGGUGGAACAGGACAUUCCUGUACUUGGUGCUGUGCUGAAAUACAGUGGUUCCUCCACCACGUUGGAGAGGAUCCAGAGUUUCAUGCGGCUCAAGGAGGCCAUCGUUAUUCAGCUUUUGGCCACAGCAGGGGAUAGCAGUCCUACGAAAGUCAAAUAUUCUUUUUUUAUCCCCAGAGAUGUUGCUUUCAAGUCAAAAGAGAAGAAGGGCUCUUCAGCAUCUUUGCACGUGAUUCAUCCUUUCAGUGUGUCAGACUGGGUGCUCGGAGAGUGGUCCGAGUGCUCAAAGAGCUGCGGUUCGGGGUGGUCGCGGAGGAAUGUGGAGUGCAGAGACAGUGCGGGCUUUCUCUCAAGCCUUUGUGAUAAAGACCUGAAGCCAACGGACAUCAGGGCCUGCGGAGAUCAGCCCUGUCCCAUCUGGCAGAUGGGACCUUGGUCGGCCUGCUCACGAACUUGUGGUCAGGGUGAGCGGCGCCGCAGUAUUUUCUGUAUAGACUACACUGGCAAGACUGUUGAACCAGAAAAGUGCGACCCGAAUAAAAGACCUGCGCCUGUCUCUGGGGAAUGUUUUAACCUUGAGUGCUGAUGAAGAACAUAAGCCCACUGAACAAUUCCCCUUUUGAUCUGACUGCACUUAUCAAAGGAUUGCAUCACAUCACAGAAAGUGCAUUUGCCUGAGUAUGGUUUGGCCGUUUUAUUUUUGGACUGUUGACAACCACUGUUGAAAGUAACCAAUGGGAAAAAAAAACUACCUCGGAAAUGUCAUAAGAUGCCAUUUAUAGAUGCUAGACGAUUAAGGUGCUGUGUUUUAUUUUCUCCGCUUUAAAUGACAACUAAUUUAUUGGCGCUCCAUUUAGUCUUGGUUACAGAAUAUAUUUGUAAAUUAGCUUUCAUUUAUAGUGGGAGGAAGAAAAUAGCAUGACGCCUAACAUUGUGCAGCAUGGUGUGAAUAUACUGUGCUUUUAUCUGACAUACUGUCCUCCGCUGCGCUGCUUCAAUUUAGCGUUUUAUCUCAGUUGCUGAGGUGGGUGAGAUUAGUGUGUUGUGGGUUUGAAGCUUUCUCGACGUGUUCACUGCUCCUUAUUUGUAGACACAGACAGUUGAUUUAUGUUAAGGAUCGUAAAUGUGUGUGUGUGUUUUUUUUAAAUCAACAUACGUUUCAUUGAGUCCAAAAUAGGGCAAGAUCUUGGGCUCUAUGUAAAUAUUGGACUGCUUUUGCCAAAACAAUUUGUUUUCAGUGCCAAUCUCCAUUUGUAGUAAGUUAAACGUUUUGGGAGUUGACACACUGUGUGAAAUAUUUCACAUCAAGAAUAGUGCAAGACAGAGAAUUACCCUGUCCUGUAUUUUCCUUUCCGCUUUAUGUUACUGUUGAGGGUAUCGGGCUUAAGCAACAACACAUUCAUAUUUGGUCAGUUCCACCAAAUUAAAGGUGCAUUUCAUGUUAUGUGAUUACGAUGGUCAUUUGUCAUGUUCCUUAACAAUGUCAACAAUCAUAUCCAAUUUUUUGAAACUUUUCUAUGUAUUACUUUAUUCUUAGUUCCUGUUAAUUCACAGUAUGCAAUGAGAGAAAAUCGAGGGAGCAUCAGGCCUUUAUCCCUUCAAUGAAGGACCUUACAAUUCUAUGAUUAAUGCUUCCUUUUAAGCUAUUUAUUUUUUUAAGUUUUUACUUAGUAUGUGUAAUGAACCUGGCAGAUGCUACUGUCUCAAGAAUGGUUUUGCUUCUAAAAAUGGUCAAAUAAACACAUUUAUGUCAAUAA